CGAAGUCAAUCGAACAUCGUAGGAGAGAGGGAGAGGGAGAGGGAGAGGGGGAGGGGGAGGGAGAGGGAGAAACCUCUUACUCCGAGGAUUGCUAGGAUUGAAAGGAAACAAGGUACGGGAAAGAGAGGAGAGAGGCGGAGAGGGAUGUUAUUUCAAGAGAUCGUGGUGUUGGCUAGGUCAAGAAUUGUUGGGGAGCGAAGUUUCCGUUAUUUACCUUGCAAUCCUCGCUUUUAACCCCGCAGAGGCCUUGGUACUAAGUCCGAUCGAUUUCCUAGAAUAGAAGAAAAGGGCUUGUUUUGGUUUGGUUUAGUUUGGUUUGUGUUUUAGGGUUUGGAGAGGGGAGGAUAGUGAUUGAUGGAUAGUGGUCUUGUGGAUGAUAUCAUACGGCGGCUGCUGGAGGUGAGAGGGAAGCCAGGAAAGCAGGUGCAGCUCUCGGAGGCGGAGAUUCGCCAGCUCUGUGUUGUGUCACGUGAUAUCUUUCUGCAGCAACCCAAUCUGCUCGAGCUUGAGGCUCCCAUUAAAAUUUGCGGUGACAUUCAUGGCCAGUACUCUGAUCUGUUGCGGCUCUUUGAAUAUGGAGGUCUUCCUCCUGCAGCUAAUUACCUCUUCUUGGGGGAUUAUGUAGACAGAGGGAAGCAGAGUCUUGAAACAAUAUGCCUCCUUUUAGCCUACAAAAUCAAGUACCCAGAAAACUUUUUUCUUUUGAGAGGGAACCAUGAAUGUGCUUCGAUAAACCGCAUUUAUGGGUUUUAUGAUGAAUGUAAACGCAGAUUCAAUGUGAGGAUUUGGAAAGUCUUCACAGAUUGCUUUAACUGCCUUCCUGUGGCAGCUCUUAUUGAUGAAAAGAUCCUCUGUAUGCAUGGAGGUCUAUCUCCAGACUUGCAUAGUUUGGAUCAAAUAAGAAACCUAGCACGGCCAACAGAUGUUCCUGAUACUGGUUUACUCUGUGAUCUUCUCUGGUCUGAUCCUAGUAAAGAUGUUCAAGGUUGGGGAAUGAAUGAUAGGGGCGUUUCCUAUACCUUUGGUGCUGACAAGGUGUCUGAGUUCCUUCAAAAGCAUGAUCUAGAUCUUAUAUGUCGUGCUCACCAGGUUGUUGAAGAUGGUUAUGAGUUCUUUGCUGAUAGGCAACUGGUUACAAUAUUCUCAGCACCAAAUUACUGCGGUGAAUUUGACAAUGCUGGUGCUAUGAUGAGCGUGGAUGACACUCUGAUGUGUUCCUUCCAGAUAUUAAAGCCUGCAGAAAAGAAAAAGUUAAAUUUUGGAAGUACAACAACUAGUAAAUUGGGCACACCUCAACCAGGAGUAAAGUCUUUUCUUGGGGCAAAAGUUUGAGGGCUAUUCUUCACACGAUGGAGAUCGCCGCUUCGAUGCCUUAAGAGAUUUCUUUUUGGAUGCAAUGUGGGGUUUGAUAUAUGAUAGUACAUAGUGAUUACAGCACAAUUCAGGGAUUAAACGAUUGAGCCUUGAACAUCUGAAAAAUCAUGAGCUGAAGCUUCUUCGGAGGUAAAUUACUGAAGAUGUUAUUACUCCAAUUUUCAGUGUAAUAAUAAGCAACUUUUUCACUUCUUCCAUUUCGCUAGAUUUAGCUAUUGGUGGUUCCUGUGAAUGGCAUCUUUUUGCUAAUACUGCUAUUGUGGUAUUCUGUUUUAUGAGUGUUUUGUGAGAGAGGCAAUUUUUAGCCUGAUGGAAGAUUGAUAUGCCCCCUGCCUGUUCUGGCUAUUGAUUUCUGGUUAUAAUACUAAGCUGCUGAUGAAAUCAAUUUUUAUAUUAUCA